AUGGGGACUGUUGUUGACACUGCAAACGAGGAAGCAUGUGGACGUGUAGAUUCUAACAAGAAAGCUAAAGUUAUUUUUGCCCUUGGUGGUCCUUGCAGUGGCAAGGGCACUCAGUGUUCAAAAAUUGCCACGAACUUUGGUUACACCCAUCUUAGUGCUGGUGAUAUUCUCCGAGCAGAGAAAGAAUCUGGUUCUGAAAACGGGACUAUGAUUCAGAGCAUGAUGAAUGAGGGGAAACUUGUACCUUCAGAGAUAAUAGUUAAGCUUAUCCAACGAGCAAUGCAGGAAAGUGGGAGUGAUAAAUUUCUUAUAGAUGGUUUCCCUCGAAAUGAGGAGAAUCGUGUGGCAUUUGAGUCUGUUAUAGGAAUUGAACCUGAAUUUCGCUUGUUGAGUAGGAAACAGGGUAGAGAAGAUGAUAACGUUGACACAAUGAAGAAGCGACUGGAGGUUUAUAGACAAUUAAGUCUCCCAGUGAUUGAAUAUUACAACUUCAGAGCGAUGGUUCGAAAGAUUGAAGGGGAGAAAUCCAUUGAAGAAGUUUCUGAGGCAGUCGAUGCUAUUUUCAGCUCAUUGAUUGACGAGGUUGAAACAACAUAUUGA